AUGAAAGAUCAAUUAUCACCAUAUAUACAGAGUUGUAUUAUCAGUAGGUUGUUAGGAGGACUGAACAACGCUCAUCACCAUGGUGGCAAGGAUACAUUUCGAGGUAGUGAUUUUUGGUACAUAGUGUUUCAUGGCGAGAAAAAGAGAUUGGUCGAACCAAUCACAAGUACUAGUAUCAUUGAUAUUGCAUUGGUUUCAAAGUGGUGGUUACAUGUGGUCAGACAGAGAUCAACAUCGGUGCAUUUUAGAGGUCAUUUGGACUCUGUGAUACUUCAAUCAAUACAUUCAAGCCCUCACUCGCUCUACUCUUCAAACAAUAUCGACACAAUAAAAUGGACACUAGCAUUAAAGGAUGAACCUCCUUUAAAAAAAAUGGACUAUGAAACUCAAUUGAUUCACCUUCCUCCAAAACUACAAACAAUCAACGUUCAAUGCAAUGGCAAUGUCAAUGUUCAAGUGAUGGAGUCAUUGAAAUCAAUUCAAACACGAUAUCCUCACAUUGUCAUCAAUACAGAGUUUGUUUCGAUUGGUCAAGAGUAUUACAGCAGUAUCCACCAAUGGCCAAAAUCCUUGAAAGGAUUUACUCCCAACACUGCCUCGCUCGGCUUCUAUGAUUUCCAAUCAAAUCAUCCUGAUGAUGAUAGUCCGUUGCAAUACACCAAAGAGAACAACUUGUUCGAUAUGAUCAGAGAUCUCCAACCACAAUCACUGAAUCUGUACACUGACCAAUUUAGACAGAUGCACUCGGUUUACAAAAGUCUAUUCAAGCAAUUGUGCGCAUCAUCAUCGACACCACUCAAACAUCUCAGCAUCAACACGGACCAUGUAGAGUUGUGCGAACUAAAGCAUUUACCCAGUCACUUGGAAUCACUAAAACUGGAUAUUGGAACGAUUCCUUUGUAUGGCCCUCCACCAAACGAGGAUUACUCUCCAAUCUUUUAUCGUUUCGAAUCAUCGAUGCAAGAUUGGAUAUCUUUUUGCAACUCUAUUGCCAACAAUAGGUGUCUCAAAAGACUACAUCUCUAUGACCACCACUAUGACUGUCACGAACCACUAGAUCAAGAAAAAUUAAAUAUAUUCCAAUCGGCAUUUGAUGGAAUCUGGAGUGGUGGUGGUGGUAGUGAAAAGUUGGGCAUGGUUCCAAACAACAACAUUGACUAUCUGGCUCUAGUCAGUAUGCCUAAUGUAAUGUCUUCCAACUUGUGGAGUACACUCUGUGAUAAUAAUAAUAUCACCAAAUUAAUAUUGGCCCAUGGAACAGUGACGAAUGCCAUGGUUCCGUUGCUUGCCAAUCUAAUUGCCACCAACACAACCAUUACAGUUCUAUCAAUCAGAGGUAACGAGUUAUUGACAACCGAAGAAUUGGAAGAUGCAUUUGUGGAAAACAAAACAAUCACAGUCUUGGAUAUUGGACUCAAUUUUUGCAAGGAACAAGACGAAUACUAUUUCUUUGAUGCCUUGUUAUCCAGUGAUACUGUCCAAUAUUUGUUCCUCGACAAAAAGUUUAGAAAAUACAAACCAUGCUUUGAGACUAUCCCUUAUUUCACUCAAUCCAAAUCAUUAAUAGAGUUUAUUCUCGACAAGAGAGGUCUAUUUGACUCACCAUACUUUAAUAAUAGUUCACUAAAGUAA